AUGGCUUCCACUGCUCUCUCCAGCGCUAUCGUAAGCACAUCGUUCCUCCGUCGUCAACAGACACCAAUCACCCUCAGAUCUCUCCCGCUGGCGAACACACAAUCCCUCUUCGGCCUCAAAUCCUCCACCGCACGCGGCGGCCGCGUCACCGCCAUGGCUAGCUACAAGGUCAAGUUCAUCACGCCAGAGGGAGAGCAAGAAGUUGAGUGCGAAGACGACGUCUACGUCCUCGACGCUGCGGAGGAAGCCGGAAUCGACUUGCCUUACUCAUGCCGUGCCGGAUCUUGCUCAAGCUGCGCCGGUAAAGUUGUCUCUGGAUCCAUUGACCAGUCGGACCAAAGCUUCUUAGACGAUGAUCAAAUGAACGAAGGUUACGUCCUCACCUGUGUGGCUUACCCAACUUCUGAUGUCGUCAUCGAAACCCACAAAGAAGAAGCCAUUGUUUAA